ACACAAAUUGAAAUAGAAAUCAAAAGUUACCUUAUUGCUUUUUGCUCUACAGAAGGUAUUUAAUCUGAUAACCUCAAGUGAGGUACCGGAAUAGAAAGACUACAUCAACCACAAUCCAUUGCAGGUCAUGUAUAUCCACGUUUCAUGUGACGAUAGAUGAUGGAUGACAGCUGUGGGCCAAGAAUAAAAGGACCGUUGAUCUGCAACAGAACAUUAUGGAUAUCUUCUGUUUGGUCGUUUUGUCCUCAAAUUGAACAGCUGAAAUCUUAGCAAAGUAGCAGUUUACAUAGUUAACCAGUCAAAAAAAAAUUCUGAAGAAAAAUAUCCAGCUACCAGAGUAAUCGACAGCAAUAUACUGCUUUGACAGCUAAGCUAGCUAGUUAGCACACCAGAUAGGUUCUCGACCAGACGUGUGACCAAGUAGUCACACCCUAAUCUGGGGCAACAUGAGUGAAAUGUAGACCAGAAUAAUGCAACAUGUAGUAGGACUUUUGUCAUCGUGAAAGAAAUUCAUUUUUUUCAGAAUCUGGACAUGGCUGCCUCAUCAUGCUACAGCCGCCCGCGAGAUAGCGCUUGCCAGCCAGUCUGCUAAAUCAACUAGCUACAUCGGAGCUUGAAAACAAUUCGUUUUUUUUGUUGCACAUAUAAUAUUGUGGUAUUAUGAAUUCACCCAUGUAUACAUUUGUCGCCCGAGACGACAACAGUACUAUUUAUGCUGAAGUUUCCAAAAUUCUCGUCGCUACUGGACAAUGGAAGAGACUGAAAAAGGAUAAUCCCCGAUUCAACUUGAUGUUGGGCGAACGGAACAGACUGCCAUUUGGACGGCUUGGUCAUGAGCCUGGACUGAUGCAACUGGUGAAUUAUUACAGAGGAGCAGACAAGUUGUGCCGCAAAGCAUCUUUAGUCAAGUUAAUCAAGACUAGCCCGGAGCUUCCAGAUCCUGGCAACUGGUUGCCUGAAUCGUAUAUCAUCUAUCCUACUAACCUCAACACUCCCAUUGCGCCUGCAAAGAAUGGCAUAAGCCACCUGAAAAGUAACCCCAAGACGGAUGAAAGAGAAGUUUUCCUGGCCUCUUAUCACUCAAGGAAGGAAAGCGGAGAGGGAACAGUGUGGAUCGCCAAGUCAUCUGCUGGAGCAAAAGGUGCUGGGAUUUUGAUAUCCCACGAUGCAAAUCAAUUGCUGGAGUUCAUUGAUAAUCAAGGGCAGGUUCAUGUCAUUCAGAAGUACCUAGAAAGACCACUACUGUUGCAACCUGGCAACCGUAAAUUUGACAUCAGGAGCUGGGUGCUCGUGGACCAUCAGUACAACAUCUACCUUUACCGGGAGGGUGUGCUGCGGACGGCCUCGGAGCCCUACGACAGCUCCAACUUCCAGGACGUGACCAGCCACCUGACCAACCACUGCAUCCAGAAAGAGCACUCUCAGAACUAUGGCCGCUACGAGGAGGGCAACGAGAUGUUCUUCGACGAGUUCCGGCAGUACCUGCUGAGCACCCACAACAUAGUGCUGGAGACCAACAUUUUACCUCAGAUAAAGCAGAUUAUAAGGAGCUGUCUGACAUGCAUUGAACCUGCCAUCAGCACUAAGCACUUGUCCUAUCAGAGCUUCCAGCUCUUCGGCUUUGACUUCAUGGUGGAUGAGAGCUUCAAGGUGUGGCUGAUAGAGAUUAAUGGAGCUCCGGCCUGCGCACAGAAACUCUACCCGGAGCUAUGCCAAGGUAUCGUGGACGUGGCCAUCUCCACUGUCUUCACACUGAACAACGAUUCCGAACCACGAUCAUCUUCCUCCUCCCCUGCUCCCUACUCCUCCUCCCCUUCAUUUUCUGCUCUCACCUCAUCCUCUUGUUCCUCUCCGAAACUGAGAGGACCUCUCCACGUGGGCCCAUUCACCCGAUUGUAAGUCCCCCCCCCCCCCCCCCCCCCCCGCUUCAGAAGUUCCACCCUCCGCUCCUCACUUCUAGGCUUUUCUGAGAGGUCCUACAGGUCUGGAAGCUUGCCACCUCAUUGGUUCUUGUUUGGCAAGUCUCAAAGUGGUUUACCCUUGUGAUUGACUGAAGAUUGAAUGUGGGACCUUCUCGUAUGUGCUACCAGAUUUUCCUCUCUCAUACACCACAAUGGAAGGGCAUUUCAGAGGAAAGCCUGGGCAGACAUGCAGAAUAUGAAUGUGGAGACUUGGUGAAUGUUUGGGUGAUGAUGAUGAAUGGGCGACAGACUGAUGACCGGUUUGGGGGUCCCAGAGCAAUGAGAGAAGCCCUUGUGUUUCAGUGCUGCCACUGAGGCUCCCCUAGACUGUGUAUGGAUGACCUCUGAAGAUGGAGGGGAUGCUUUACUUAUUAUACAGACUAGUGCCUUACAUCUCCACCCAUACCCACUUAAAGAUGCAACCUGACGAAUUAGCAUAGCAUUUCUGCUACUGUGUGUUACGUGAGCCAGUGUAUUGUCGGUCAGGCAAGUGUGUGUGUAUGUGCGAUGUAGACUCUUUUUUUUUUUAUUAUUAUUUUUUUCUUCUUCUCUCUCUGGGUUUGUAGAUCUUUGGGUUUAUCCACAAAAGUUAGCAUUCCUACAUCUUUGUUUCAUAUCAUGGUUAUUCACAAAGCCCCGGAGAGUUUUGUGUACUGCAGUUUUUAAAAGUAUUAAAGCAAAAAAAUAGGAGGCAUCCAGUUUCUAUUUUAUUGCUAUGUAAAUUGUAUUAUAGCUAUUUGAUAGCUAUUAUUCUGCGCAUGCCGUGUAGUUUUUUUAGGUCUUCGAUUUGAGACCUUUUUUCCCCAAGUUAAUUUAGUCAGUGUUGUUAAUUCCCCCCUUGUAUAAGAGAAGAUUCAUAGACAGAUUACUUAUUUCUGU